AUGCCAACCGUUAUCAUAUGGAAAUAUGUCGCGAGGCUUCAGUGCGGUCGCCACCGCUGGUCGACGGGCCACAGCGAACUAAUGCAGGCGUUGUAUAGAAGCACAGUUAUGGGCGCUCUUAAGACAAACUUUUUGCGACCUAAAUUGCCGCUUGGCGGCGGGGCAGUCGCGCCAAAGAAAAGAGAGGUAAACGGACCAUCCCCCAGUGUAUACGAGAGCAAGAGAGACGGAGAACGACACCAGCACCGAACUAAACUGGGGACAGGCCCCACUCGGAAUCGUCUGCACUUCUAUCCUACGUCUGAAUUCGUUGCACAGCGCAUGCAUGAGUCGUAG